AUUCACGCAGCAUAAGGAUCCUUACGUAAGCAGCAGUGCACGUGCCUCAUCCUUUCCAGGGGGUUAUUGAUAGUCUGCCUACGAUCUGUUGGGGAACAAUGCUGCCCGGCCAUCAGUUUUAAACUCCCCUCCCCUUUUGAAGUCACAUGGGUAAUCUGUACUGUCCCGUGACUUGGGACAGCAAAAUAGCUUUUAAUGUUGUAAGUAGAGCUCUAGAUGCAUGAGGAGUAAACUAUGCCAAUACACACAUAGCAGAUGUCACGGGGAAAAGAGAGUGUAUUGUCCACCCUGUGGCAAUUUAAGCUAUCUGUUUAUUCAGAAAGAGGAAGGAAUGUCACACCCGGCUGUAGCUAAUAAUAUUCACGACAAACGUUUAUUGGUCGAAUUUUUAUUCUGACGUGGUUAUCUGAUCGCUUUAUUAUAUCUACCUUUCCAACUUCCUCCAUAUCUAACUUUAACGGCCACAUAAAAACGACCUUUACUUUAUUAGUCUGCAGACCUCACUGUUUGCUGGCUUGUGUAUGUGUCUGAACUGAACGGAAGUAACUUGCGAUUCAAAGCAGUCUUUUCUGCUCUGCUCUGCUCUGCUUUGCUCGACACACGCAAGAGACAGGUAGGUCGUUUUAACUCUUUGGGUGGGUUUUGACCAUCUGAAGUCAGCACGGCAGUAUAGGCUACGAAACUGUCAAACUUUUCUGUUCUUGUGGGUGGGUUGCAGUUAUUUACUCGCUGCAUGUAAGUUAACAGCGAGCAUUGUUAUGCCUCGUUCACGUGCAGAUGUUGUUAUUUGGACAUGCGCUAUUUCAGAGGCUGAUUUGAUGUUCAGGUGUUCUGGAGAGACAGGAGACAUGUCGCAGUAUAGCGGCCUUCUGAAAUAAGGGUACCAUGUAGUAUGAUUGCAUGCAAUGAGAAGGAACUUUGUGUUGCUUGGUUUUGUCACCCAGUUUCUGUUCUUGUAGCCCUCAAUGGCCCAGUUUGUUUCACUGUAUAUGACCUAGCCUAGUCAAGGGUAGAUGGACUCAGACAUGAUUCAUUUUCAAUGCAGUUUUAAAUAGUUUCUUUGUGAAUUGCCUCCGUGACUGUAGGCUACUGAACGCUUCCGCUAUUUGCACCUUGUUAUUUACGAUUUGUGUGAGUGUAUAUGGAACACAAACUCUGCAUACUAUGAUUUCUUACACCAUGUGUAAAUGACAACCGCUGUUAUACACCAGUUUUUGAUCUGUGGGAUGAUACUAGCUCUAUGAGUCAGAGAUUAGGAAUCGUAAAGCUGGGGAGAGGUUGACCUGUUGUGAACUUCCUUGUUGUAGGUCAUGGCCAGCGAGAACGCCCCGCUCCUUGGCCAUGGGGUGUACAGUGUGGUUGGCGAUGGAGAUAAAACACCACGCCGCUCGUCACGAGGGGCCCUCGAAGAUGACAAUGCAAAGGCCCCCAACGCCCCUAACCGCAAACUUAACACUUUCUUUGGCGUGAUGGUGCCCACCAUACUCUCUAUGUUCAGUAUUGUGCUCUUUCUAAGAACUGGUUUUGUUGUUGGCCAUGCUGGUCUCCUACAAGGCCUCUUGAUGCUGGGUGUGGCCUAUUUUAUCAUCUCCUUGACAAUCCUGUCCAUCUGUGCAAUCUCCACCAAUGGAGCGAUCGAGGGAGGGGGAGCAUACUUCAUGAUCAGCAGGUCACUGGGUCCAGAGUUUGGUGGCAGCAUUGGCCUCAUGUUCUUCUUGGCUAAAGUCUGUGCCUGCGGGGUCUAUGUGCUCGGACUGGUGGAGGCCGUACUUGCCGUUUUUGGCAAGGAUCCAGCCUCUGGACUGGUGGGUGGUCUGCGAGUGCUGCCGCAGGGCUACUGGUUCACGGUGCUGUACGCCUCCGCGGCGCUGCUGCUCUGCCUGCUGGUGUGCCUGGUGGGCGCGCACAUCUACUCGCGUGCCGCCCUCCUCAUCCUGCUGGUGGUCACCGGCGCCCUCAUCUCCAUCCUCAUCAGUCCGCUGGUGGUGGGGCCGCGCACCUUCCUCAUCAGUCACCCCAGCCCAGUCAACCACAGUCAGACGCUGAGCUACAAUGUCAGCUACACUGGCUUCAAAACCACCACACUCCAGAACAACCUGGCCGCGGGCUACUCAAUCGACUAUAGUACAAACAAGAAGAUGUCCUUCGCCACUGUUUUUGCCGUCAUGUUCACCAGCUGCACAGGAAUCAUGGCAGGUGCUAACAUGUCGGGCGAGUUGAAGAACCCAAGCGUGUCGAUUCCGAAAGGCACGAUCCUGGCUGUUCUCUACACCUUCGUCGUGUAUGUCAUCCUCUUCCUGCUGGUCAGCUCAACGUGUGAAAGAGCUUUGUUAAUUGGGGACUACGGCUUCUUCCAGCGCAUUAACAUAUGGCCUCCAUUUGUGCUCGUCGGCGUGUACUGUGCCUCCCUCUCAGCUGCCAUGUGCUCUCUGAUUGGAGCGUCACGCAUCCUUCACGCACUGGCCUUGGAUCAGCUCUUCGGUUUGCCUCUGGCCCCAGCUACCAUCACAUCCAGCUCAGGAAACCCCUGGGUGUCUGUGCUGUACACCUGGGGGCUGGUUCAGUGCACAGUGUUUGCUGCUGAGCUGAACGUCAUUGCAGGCCUGGUGACUGUGUUCUACCUGCUGGCCUACGCAGCAGUGGACCUGGCCUGUCUUGCUCUGGAGUGGGCCUCCGCCCCUAACUUCAGGCCCACGUUCCAGUUCUUCUCCUGGCACAGCUGCCUGCUGGGCAUAGUCAGCUGUGUGGUGAUGAUGUUUGUGAUCAACCCAGUGUACUCCUCAGCCAGUAUUGCCAUGCUGCUGCUGCUGCUGCUGUUCCUGCAUUACCGCUCCCCCACCAGUAGCUGGGGCUACAUCAGCCAAGCACUGAUCUUUCAUCAGGUGCGCAAGUAUCUGUUGAUGCUGGACGUACGCAAGGACCAUGUGAAGUUCUGGCGGCCCCAGGUGCUGCUGAUGGUGGCCAACCCUCGCUCGUCCAGCCAGCUCAUCAACUUCGUCAACCAGCUGAAGAAGGGGGGCCUGUACGUGCUGGGCCAUGUGCAGCUGGGGGACCUGGACCUCCUGCCCUCAGACCCUGUCCAGCAGCAGUACAACUUCUGGCUGAGUCUGGUUGAUAAGUUGGGGGUGAAGGCCUUUGUGGAUCUCACCCUGUCCCACUCUGUUCGGCAGGGGACCCAGCACUUACUGCGCAUUACCGGACUGGGUGGAAUGAAACCCAAUACCUUAGCCAUGGGCUUCUAUGACAACUCCUAUCCUGACGACUACUUCCUGCAGGACCCUAAAUUUUGCCCGGACCCAAAUGGCGCCCCCAGCAACGAAAACGACGAUUUUGGGGUUGACCUGCCAUCCCUGCAGGCGCACUUCGGCCCGGUGCGAGACGAGGUGAGCCCGCGCUCGCUCUCGCCCGAGGAAUAUGUGGGCAUCGUCUCCGACGCCAUCAAGAUGAACAAGAACGUGUGCCUGGGCCGCUACUUCCACCAGCUGCACGCGGCCGAUGUCCGGGGUCUGCGCGGCGAAGGCGCAGGGGUCACCAUCGACGUGUGGCCCCUGAACCUGCUGCGCCCCGGCGGCAGCGGCAGCUUUGCCGACGUCUGCAGCCUCUUCCUGCUGCAGAUGGCCUGCGUGCUCAACAUGGCCAGCGGGUGGCGCCGUGCGCGCAUGCGCAUCUUCCUGUGCGCCGAGGCCCAGUCGGAGGACCAGGGCUGGAUGGAGAAGGAGGCGCGCUUCCGUGAGCUGCUCCGCAAGCUGCGCAUCCGCGCCAACAUCAAGAUCGUAUCCUGGGACGUGGUGGUGAGGCUACGCGGGACGGGGAGCCCUGGGAGCAGCCCGAGCCAGCUGGGGGACCUGGAUGGCCUGACCAGGGCGGCCCAGCCCAUUUCCCAGGAGUUCCUGUCUGAGGUCAAUAGCGUGCUGAAAGAGAACAGCGCAGAGGCGGCGGUGCGCUUCCUUUACCUGCCGCGCCCACCUCCUGCGUCUGGGCAGUACCAGCAGUACCUGGCCCAGCUGGACACCCUCUCCCGGGACCUGGGCCCCACAUUGAUGAUUCACGGAGUAACGCCUGUUACAUGCACUGAACUGUGAGAAGUUACCCUAUUCUUCCUGUUUGUUUGUGUGUGUGUGUGUGUGUGUGUGUGUGUGUGUGUGUGUGUAUACAGUGAGUGUGGUUGUCAUGAUGUGUGCUGUUGGCAAAAGGGCAUCUUACCAAAGUUGCAAUUCACGUUAAUCUUGCCGUUUGCAAAAGUUCUACAAUGGCCAGUGAGUACGUUACGUCUUUGCACUAACUUGUUCAUUCCGGCACUAGAGGUGUCAUUUUGCUUGUCAUGAUAGUACUUGAUAUUUUUAUGGUCAGUUAGUGGUCAGUUCCUCAGUUCAUACAUCAUGUUGCUUUUUCACUUAUGUUCACCUGUGUACAUGCAACGAUGUAUUUGAACAAUAUAAAAACAAAGAUUCUAAUCGCUGUGAUUUAUAAGUAGAAGCUACUUAUCUUUUCACUCACAAAACCGGGACCUGGAUAACAGCCUUUGAACUACUGUAAUGUGUCUCUUUAAAUGACAGGUCAGUGUUUCUUAGUGUUUUGUUGUUGCGUUACUCAUUCAGGCAGACAUGACGAAAUGUAUCUGUGUGCUUUAAAAACAGUUCUAUGCAUUGACAAAACUAUUGAUGUGUUUGCUGUCAAACGUGACACACAGACAGAGAUGAGCCAGUCUGGGCCAGACAGGUUGAGAUCUUUCUAGGAUGUUUGGGCCACAUAGUGUUUGAAGCACUGAAAAUGAUUUUCAAUCCCACAAAACCAUGUGCUUCCAAAGACCUGUUUAAAAUGACCUGCUCCUUGCUCCCUUCUCCUCUCCUCUCCUCUGUUCAUGUCAGAGAGGAGCUUGAAAUAGAAAACGAAUGGGUGGGCAGUGACAAUCAGCUUUCAGGGACCCACGUACUACUACUGUCAAGGAAGAGGAAAGCUAAGGGAAUAUGGAAAUAUAUAUUUUGAUUGAGUGGUACUAAAGUAUGAAAAGGG